ACGUUGCGACGAUCUGCAAGGAUCUGCGCGAGGAUCGAGCCACUUCAGGCAUUUGAGACAGGUUGAAGAAGUUUGGGAACUUAGUUUCGGAGGUUGGACAUCGCGGAGAACAGCAAAAGAACGUUUCUUUGUCGUCGGUGUUGCCCGAUUCGGGCUUAGGACACUUCGUAGACGUGUAGGCAUAUCAGCGGGUUCGUCACCCCUUCGAUCGGCACACAUUGCCGGGGGCCAACAACCUCCCCGAACGCAUUAGCGGCCGUUCAGGUUUGUGGAAGCGACUGCCGACAUGAACGUGACCGCGAUUGCUUUGCGGCGAGUGGUGUGUCGAUCGGGAUUGUCUGCUAGCAGGGGGCUGACAGAUCGCCGACGGUUCGUACAGCUGCCCUCUCCGAUAGUUGGCAGCACCACGGCGGCCACACCUCCCGCUGUCAUGUCAGCUGCUUUCCAUGUGUCAUCUACUGACCGCGUAAGGGCGGAGAGCAUGUCGAGCGAACGGCGACGUCUACCGCGGGUCGCCUCGGCGAACGACCUCAUCGUGCGCGAGGCCCGAGACGACCUCAUGAGCAUCGUGCUGGACACGAACUUCGGCGAGCCCGCCCUCGCCGAGGCUCUGAAGGCCCUCCGCGACGCCCUCGAGUACAACCUGCCGGGAGGCAAGCGAAGCCGACUGCUGGCGGUCGUCCAGACCUACGAGCUGCUGGCCGACGAGGCAGCACCGCGGUUGCACCUCGCAUGCCUGGUUGGCUGGUGCGUCGAACUGCUCCAGUGCUACUUCCUCAUCUUAGAUGACAUCAUGGACGGAUCGUCAAUGCGCCGCGCCCACCCCUGUUGGUACAAGUGCCCCAAUGUCGGACUACGGGCCAUCAACGAUGCCCUCUUUUUCGACAAGGCCCUCAGGUGGGUGUUGAGGCAGCGGCUUCGUUCACUGCCCUGCUACCUCCCGCUGAUAGAGCUCUUCCACGAGGGCGACCUUCGAACCGUGCUCGGUCAGGAAAUGGACAUGGUGGCUGCUGCUCCGGGCAGCAAGUGCAAGCCCACGAUGGACCUGUACUGGGCCACCGUCACAUUCAAGACGGCCUUCUACUCCUUCGCCCUACCCAUCCGUGCUGGGAUGUUUCUGGCAGGCGUCGAGGACAGAUCGUUACAUGAGCAGGCACAGGAGGCGGCGCUGGCUCUGGGUCGCAUCUUUCAGGUACGCGACGACUACAUAGACUGCUUUGGCUCGGUCGAAGAGAUUGGUAAAGUGGGCACUGACAUUGUGGAUGGCAAGUACUCCUGGCUUCUGGUCACUGCCCUUCAAGUGGCGUCGCCCAAGCAGACUGAAACCAUAAUGGCGCACAUCGGACGCGGUGCUCCCGGUGGCACUGAUGAGGCUGCAGUGAAAGCCGUCUACAGGGAGCUAGAUCUCCCAGGUCACUAUGCGACCUACCGCGAACGUGCCCUUCGUGACCUAGACGCCCAAAUCAACAGGCUGCCCUCCAAUCUGGCGGAUGUGUUGCGUCUCCAGAAGGAUGCGUUAUUGAAGCUGGACUUGUAGUGAUGUUACUUAUUCCCUUCUUCUUUUUUAUGGACGUUCCCACCUCUUUUCCAUUUCUGAUGGACAUUAACACCAGCCGCGAAUGUGAAUGUACAUUAAAACCACUUGUAUUUGCCAGCA